AUGGCCGCCACAGCCUCAGCCAGCCCGCCCGUCGAGGGCAUCACGCACCACACGGCCGCCGUCAACGGCACGACACUGCACUACCUCGUGCGCAGCUUCGCGGCCGUCGAGAUGGGGCUGGCGGGGUUCGGGCUCGAGGCGCUCGCCGAUGUGACCCACGGCGGCGGCGCGUGGCACAUUGGCGUGCUGGCCGCGCCAGGGAUUCCCGAGCUGCUGUUUGCUGGUGGCGGGCGCGAGCGCGCGUUCCUCGCCGGCGCCGCGUUCCCAAGCAUGACGGCCGUCGCCGGGUCGAUUACCGAUCUUGAUUAUGACGAGUUUGCGCGCACGUACUCGCGCCCGGGCGCGUGGCGCGGCGCAGCUGCGCUGUACCGGUCCAUGCUUGCCGAAGGCGAUGAGAUUAGGGCACUCGCCGCGUCGUCCCCGCUGGCCGUACCCGUGCUUGCUGUCGGUGCCGGCGGCGGGCCGUUUACGGAGAUGACUAUGCGCCAGGUCACUGCCGGCGGCGAGGUCACGGCGCGCCAGCUGGACGGCGUCAGCCACUACGCUGCCAUGGAGGCGCCGGAGCGGCUUGCGGAGGUGGUUCUUGAGUUUGUCAGAGGCGUCGAGAGCGCCUAGCGGACGGAGUGGGAGGUGUGAAGCAUGAUGAUGAGGGCUGUACGACACGCGUGGCUGCCGAGGCUGGAUGUCUUUCGAUCUCUGGGAUUUGCUGUUUUGGUGAAAAGAAAACCAAGGAGCCAGUCCUUGAUGUCAUCUACAUUUAUUUCCUGGGCGGAGCUUUAAGCUGCACUGCACUGUCACUGACACGAAAUAAAACAA